CCGUGACGCACUCGGCGCGCGCCGUCGCGGUGCAUGCCGGUGCGGUGCGGCGGGACCAUGGCGAGCGACUUCUACCUGCGGUACUACGUGGGGCACAAGGGGAAAUUCGGGCACGAGUUCCUCGAGUUCGAGUUCAGGCCGGACGGAAAGCUGCGCUACGCCAACAACAGCAACUACAAGAACGACGUGAUGAUCCGCAAAGAGGCCUACGUGCACAAGAGCGUGAUGGAGGAGCUGAAACGGAUCAUCGACGACAGCGAGAUCACCAAAGAGGACGACGCGCUGUGGCCCCCGCCGGACAGGGUGGGCCGCCAGGAGCUUGAAAUAGUAAUUGGUGACGAGCACAUCUCCUUCACCACGUCAAAAAUUGGUUCGCUCAUCGAUGUAAAUCAAUCCAAGGAUCCAGAAGGUUUGAGAGUGUUCUACUACCUGGUCCAGGACCUUAAGUGUCUAGUCUUCAGUCUUAUUGGACUACACUUCAAGAUUAAGCCAAUCUAAAUCAAACUGAAGUUUGUACUGCAGUGUCUGUACAUGGGGGGGAGUGGGGAUGCUUUUUCAAUUCCUUGCUUCUUCAAGCCCGAAGCUUUUAUGUAUGCUAGAAUUUUUUUUUUACAAACUGUAAGUGACUGUCUUAAUAAAACGUUGACAUUGGUAUUUUUAAUUUAA